AUGACGAUUAUUUCAAGACACAGCAAAGAAAGGAGGCUUCCUCUGGGGCCCAACUGGACGGUGCUUUGAAUUCGUGGGUGGGUGAGCCCCUUGCUUGUCCGCUUGGGGUCGGGACGGCGGCGUCUGCGUGCUGCGGCGGCAAGUUUCUCUGUUGUUAUGUCUGGACCGGAGCCCUGGUUUCUCCCCGCCCACCUGCUUGACGGCAGGUUGCACGAGCGGGAGCCGGAAGUCCCGCUUCGCCCCCGCGGAGACUGAGCCCUUUGGGUUGCGUGGCUGGGGCCGGCGCAGGAAGCGGCCUGCUCCUUCCGUCUCCGGGUGGUGGGCUGAGUCACUCACUGCCUGGGCCCCGCCGCUGCCGCCCGCCGCCCCGUUCUCCGCUCCUUCCCUCGCCGCGAUGCCGCUGGAGAACCUGGAGGAGGAGGGCCUGCCCAAGAACCCGGACCUCCGCAUCGCCCAGCUCCGCUUCCUCCUCAGCCUGCAGCCGCAGCGCCCGGACCCCGCCGUGCGCCAGGAGCUCAUGGCCGCCAUCCGCCAGCACGACAUGGCUCCAUACUACGAAUCGCUCUGCAAGUCACUUGACUGGCAGGUAGAUACAGAUCUGUUGAAUAAGAUGAAAAAAGCGAAUGAGGAAGAGUUGAAACGUCUUGAUGAUGAACUGGAAGAUGCAGAGAAGAACUUGGGAGAGAGUGAAAUCCGUGAUGCUAUGUUGGUUAAAGCAGAAUACCUCUGCCGAAUUGGAGACAAGGAAGCAGCUCUGACUGCCUUUCGGAAGACAUACGACAAAACUGUAGCUCUGGGACAUCGGCUGGAUAUUGUGUUCUAUCUGCUUCGAAUUGGCUUGUUUUACAUGGACAAUGACCUCAUCACACGGAACACUGAAAAAGCAAAAAGUCUAAUAGAGGAAGGAGGUGACUGGGAUCGGCGUAAUCGUCUGAAGGUCUACCAAGGUCUUUACUGCGUGGCCAUUCGAGACUUCAAGCAGGCUGCAGAGCUUUUCCUGGAUACAGUUUCAACUUUUACAUCUUACGAACUUAUGGAUUACAAAACCUUUGUAACAUACACAGUCUAUGUCAGCAUGAUUGCAUUAGACAGGCCUGACCUUAGGGAAAAGGUUAUCAAAGGGGCAGAGAUCCUGGAAGUAUUGCACAGUUUACCAAAAGUGCGGCAGUAUCUGUUUUCCCUCUAUGAAUGUCGGUAUUCCGUUUUCUUCCAGUCACUGGCCACCGUAGAGCAAGAGAUGAAGAAAGAUUGGCUGUUUGCACCUCACUAUCGCUAUUAUGUCCGAGAAAUGAGAAUCCAUGCUUACGGCCAGCUCCUAGAAUCUUAUCGGUCACUUACAUUAGGUUAUAUGGCAGAUGCUUUUGGAGUUUGUGUAGAGUUCAUAGAUCAGGAACUUUCAAGAUUUAUUGCAGCUGGGAGACUACACUGCAAAAUAGACAAAGUCAAUGAAAUAGUAGAAACUAACAGGCCUGAUAGCAAGAACUGGCAGUAUCAAGAAACCAUCAAAAGAGGGGACUUGCUGCUAAACAGAGUGCAAAAGCUUUCUAGAGUAAUUAAUAUGUAACUUAACACAAAACAAGGGCAAUGCAUAACUUAGGACCAUUCUGGAAGUAAUAAUCAAUAUAUUGUAUUACUUGUAAUCCUGUAGCUGAGGAAAUGACAACCAUAAUGUAGUUAGGGUUUUUACAAGCUGUCACUAUGUAAAGAACUGCUGUUCAUGUUUUCAGAUCACCUUCAUUUAUUAAAUGUAUAAUACAGUUGACUGACA